AUGCUCCGUAUCGGACCAAGGGGAGAUCAUAUGGUGAUAUAUGUCAAAGAAGGAAAACGUCUUUUACGAUUCAAUUUAUACUUGCCUCCGGUUGAAGAUGGCAUCUUCAAACCGCGAAAUAUAAUAGAUGCAUCGUACAAAUUCAUUGGCUCGAAGACGCCUUCUCACCCAUCGAAAUAUAUUAGCUUAUACAUAGACAUCUCUAGCACUCAAACCAGUCAAGCGGACGUCAUCGUUCUAGCGAACCUAAAAAGGGGUGAUUGGUUGUAUACGCAAUACACCGUUGUACCCUUAAGGGAGCAGCGCUUUGUGUUACUUAGCGUCAUAAAUUCGGCACAAAACUGUGAGAUAUACCGAACAGCUGAUGAUCUGUUCGUCACGCACGUCGAAGUUUUCGAACACGUAACACAUUAUUGGCAAUACGUCGUAGUAAACAUCAAGGUGGUGGAUGCUGGUUCUUCCUCGAGAAUAAAUACAUAUAUAGACGCCAAGAGGUUAUAUGUGCGCCAUGUGCAGGAACAAGGCAUCGUAUACUUUGAUGUGACCGAUGAGGAUCUGUCUCUGCAUCUAGAGAUGAUAUACAACAUCAAUACACUCGUGGCAGGUGGUGACGGCACAAACCAUACCAAUAUGACGGCUGUGUUGGCAUGA